AUGGCAGCUGCGGGUGCUGGUUUUACUGAGCCUCACAAUGCAGACUGGUUAGCCACUGUUUCUCUUGGUAACCUUGCCAACAACAACAACGAUGAUCAAAACUCAGCUCUUCAAGCACUCUGGGCACCCUUUCUUCUCUUGCAUCUUGGAGGACCUGACACAAUUACUGCUUUCUCCUUGGAAGACAACAGCCUCUGGCUAAGGCACUUGCUGGGUCUUAUUGUUCAAUAUGCAGAGCGUACUUGGGUUCUUAGAUCUGCUAGCCCUGUUCAGUUUGAAGACUCUCUGCUAGAAUCGCCAACUCUACAGCCCCAAGAUCUGCAGCAUGUUCCUCAUGAUGAUGAAUUAGAAUUCAUCCACCGAGGUUACUCCUUGUUUAACAUUGUCAAGCGUCUCUAUGCCAAUCUAAGCCUGCGGUUCGCGGAAGGUCAAAGGAGCUACUCAAUCAUGGUAAUGAAGAACAAGAGAGUUAAUGAUGAACAACAGAGUAAUUAUGCCUUUAAAUUGGUUGAGGUCCAACUAGGCCUUCUCUAUGAUGUGUUAUACACAAAGGCACCUAUAAUUUAUUCUAUACCAGGCUGCAUUUUUCGGGUCAUCAGUUUCUCCUCUAUCUCAUCUGCUCUAAUAGGAUUUGUUAUGUUUGUUAACUCUGCAAACUAUUCAAGGGUUGACUAUUAUAUAACAAUUGUUUUAUUUGCUGGGGCUAUUUUGCUUGAAUUGUAUGCAUUUUUUUGUCUUAUUUGUUCGGAUUGGACUAUCCGCACCAAGAAUUGCAAAAGUUUCACAAAGUGGGCUCUGUCUCAUGGUAAAAAGAGGUGGUCAGGACACAUGGCUCAACACAACUUACUGAGUUUCUGCAUGAACAAGAGGGUACCAAUUUGUAUUGGAUAUGACUUUCUCUUCAGAACCUACUUUAAGCUAGAAUUGUUCUUCGAAAGGACUACGAAAGUAGUAGAUAAUGAUCUGAAAAUGUUGAUCUUUCAACACCUCCUGGAGAAACACACAGCAUACAAUGACAAAAGGUUUGAACAAAAGUUCCUCUUGGAAUUGCUUUCACAUAGAGGAGGCUAUGCACUCAAAAAGAAAAGUAGCUGCUUUGAUGAGAUUGGUUGGAGUCUGGAGACUGAAUUUGAUCACAGCCUCCUUAUUUGGCAUGUGGCAACUGAUAUUUACUAUUAUUCCGAGCCGGCUCCGGAGGAGGAUGACAACAAAGAGCCGAAGGUAAGCAAGAUGUUGUCGGAUUACAUGCUGUACAUUCUACUUGUACAUCCAUUCUUGCUUCCGAAAUGUGUUGACAGGAUUAAAUAUGUUAGAGAUACAUUCAGGGAAGCCAUAAGAAUACUGCAUCGAAGUCAAUUCCCGGUUGAAGAUGGUAAGGAUGCUUCUACAGCGUUGAUUCAUAUGUACUGGGAAAGUCUGCAGCCACUGGAGAAACAUGGAAAAGAAAGGAGCAGCAAGUCUUUGUUACUCAGUGGGUGCCAUCUUGCUUUGCAGUUUAAAAAUGUUGGAUGUUCAUGGGAUACAAUUUGUCAGAUUGAUGGGCAAGACCAAAAUGAUGAAGAUGAAGAUGGAGGAAAUACAAUCAAGAUCGAAUAUGAAGAGAAAAAGGGAAAUAAAAGCAUUAUCUUUAUAUGUAGUGUCUUUGUCUAA